AUGGAUGAGAAACGUGAACGAAUGUUGAAAUCAACUAUAACACAAUCAAAUAUCAAUACAUUUGCUGUAUCGCCAUGUUUCAGUAAAGAAAAAGCUUCAUUGGUUCGCCCUUUCGUUGAACUAAUCUUGCAGAAACGUGUAUCCGGCAUAAUAACUGACUUCCGAAGUCACAAACGAGGAAAUGAUUAUUCAAAGAUGACAGAAUUUGUUGCUCAAAACAGUUUAGGACGUAAUCGUUAUAAGGAUGUUGGAUGUUUGGAUAAUAACCGUGUUAUUCUUCAAAUGGGCCCUGUUGCAUAUAUUCAUGCAAACUACGUAUCAACACCGAAUAACUCUAAGAAAUUCAUUUGCACACAAGGUCCCAUGGAUUCUACAUGUGCAGACUUUUGGUACAUGAUACUUCAAGAGAAUGUUAAUGCUAUACUCAUGCUAUGUAACUAUAUAGAGACGGGAGCAACAAAGUGUGCUCAAUAUAUUCCCAUUGAGGUUGGACAAUCAUUAAAGUUUGGUAAUGACCAAGAAAUAACCGUCACCGCAAAAUUAAUUGAAACAUACAAAUUCCCAUUCAAGACGAAUGUCAGAAUUCAAAUAACUGUUUGUGAAAUACAGUUAGGCAGUCGUACUCAUACAUGUGCUCAAUAUCAUUGGUUAAAUUGGCCGGACAGAGGUGUGCCAGAAGCCGAUAUGGUUCCUAUCCACUUACUUAAGCAAUUGGAGAAUGAAGCUAAUGGAACACCGAUUGUCGUUCAUUGUUCAGCAGGAAUUGGUCGAUCAGGAACAAUCAUCUUACUUCAAGUAGCAUUAGAGAUAAUACGUAUUGGUCAACGUUUAAAUCCUUUGGAUCAUUACAUGACCAUCAUUCGUCAACAACGUAAUAACAGUGUACAAACAGAACAUCAAUAUCUUUAUGUUCAUCAAGUGCUUUUAUUCUAUUUUAAGCAGAAAGGAUAUCUUGACCCUGCCAUACUCAGUCGUUUGGAACAAUUCAAGAAAGAUUAUCUCAAAGUCACCACAGGAUUUUAG